UCCCAAGCUGAGGACCUGCUGCCGCGUCUUGCAGUCGUGUCGAGGCCGCGGACAACCGCGUCCCACGCCGACACGUGCACGCAGCCACCAUGAUCCAGUUCGACGAGCACGGCUUUCGCCGCCGGGUGGAGGAGGCUUUGGUCACGCUGCAAAAAGUGCUGCACUCCACGCGUCGGCCGACCUUCACUCGUACGAAGAUAAGUACCUUCUCGCCGAGUUUGUUACCAACUGUGGCCUCGCCGCGCAGUGCACCUGCCUCGAAGCGCUUGGCGUGGGCACCCAACAGCUUGCCACGCUCGUCGAGUGGAGCGCGAGCGAGACUGUCACCCUGCGCCUCGCCGGGCGGCAGCGCUGCACCUUCCUCCGCGAGGAGGAGCGCGAGGUCGAGUCCACAUCCAAGGUCGUCAAGGAGAGCACUAUCUUCGGCAAGUCCGAGCAAAAGGUGGUCACCCGGGUCAACGAGUGGUUCUGGAAGAUCGACGUGGAGUGGGAGCUCGUUGCGUACGCCGGCACGAUGGGUGGCCCGCGCCAGCUGCGGCUGCAGGGGCGCUCGGGCUCGGCCCAGCUCAAGACGACAACGUCGGCGACGCCAGAGCCCGCCGGCCAGGUCGAGUUCAUCCCGACAGAGGUUCCGAUAACCUGGCUGCUGCAGCAAGUCAAGCUGCCGGGGGGACUGGUGGGAGCGGCGCACGUUCUCAGCUUCAAGAUUGACCGCGACGCCGAGGGCUGCCGCACGCCCCGGCGCAACCCGCAGGUCGAGGCAGCGCUGCACGCCGCUCGCGAGCUGUGCGCGUGGUCGAAGAGGGUCUGCCAAUUCAUGAACCAGCGCAUCUUCUCCAAGGCGGAGCGCUGCGCAAAGGUGCAGGCGCACACCGGCCGCGGCUUCCUCGCCUUGAUCGCCUCCACUCACCAGCCAAGCGAGCUCUUUGUGCCAGUCCUCCCCCUCUUCGAGGCGCGGGCGGCGGAGGAAGAGGCGGACGCAGCCGGCGGCGACGGCGACGGCGGCGACGGCGACGGUACGCUCGUGAGCGUCACCGCGGCGGCGGCCGAGGCGGCGUCCACCCCGGUCCUCCGCAUCGGCGACAUAAACGCGAUGCUGGCUGAGCAGCGGCGCGCAUUGGAGGCCAAGUGGGCCACGCUCGCCGACGCCUGCCCGCCAGCGGACGACGGCUCCCUCCUCUCGCCCGUCGAGCUGAAGCUCUCCAUCGCGGUCAAGCACUUGGACGACUGCUGCUCGCAGCUCUCGCAGGGCGUCGACUACAUCGAGGCGAUGCUCAAGAAGCAGCUGCUCGACGCCGUCGGGCGCUUGGUCACUCCCGCAGACUUCCAGCGGUACAUGGACUUCCACGGCCAGCGCCUCUUCAAGCCCGAGUAUGCGCCCAAGCCUUUCUGCUUCGCCGUCCGCCGCCCCGACCACUACCCCGAGGGCACGCUCACCAUCGAGCACCUCUCGCCGGACCGCUCGCGCGGCGCAAUCCACACCAGCGGCGCAAUCCACACCAUCUGCCGCCGUGUGGCCGAGCCGGUCGCGCCGAUGAGCUUCGCGCUCGACGCGGCCACGCGCGUCAGCUUUACCGGCGAGCGCUUUGUGCACGCGUACCUCGCGCACCAGUUUGGCGACCCGCCCUCCCCUCCUCCUUCACCACCGCCACCGAACUGGCGGUCUCCGCCCGCGCCGUGCACCAGUUCCGGUGCGUCGGUACUCAUGCUGGGCGCACGCGCGCGGCAGUUCUCCUCCUUCAUGCUGCUGCUCGGCCGCAUGGGACCGGCAGGCACCUUCGAGCAGAAGCACGCCCUCAUCUUGCAGAACAAGGACGCGGUCGACAUCCCGCUGAUGCUCGAGGCGCUGCCGUCGGCGACGGAGUUCCGCGACGCGAUCUCGAGCCUGUCGCCGGAGCAGCAGCGCUUCGCCAAGGCGUACCGCGCGAUGCAGCUCGAGGGGUCCGUCUUCGGCAUCCUCGUCAUCCAGCUCAAGCCGCAGCUCGAGGCGCUGCUCAAGCUGCCCCACGACGCGCUGACCAAGGAGAUCGCGCUCACGCAGCAGCUGCUCGACCUCUUCAUCCAGUACCAGAUCCCGUCCGACCUGCUCACCUACGCCGGGCCCGCCUCUGCGUCGCCCGAAGAGAAGCUCGAGGCCGUGCGUGGGCACGUCGCCGCCAUCUACAAGAUGGUCGAGGCGGCCAAGGAGGGCGAGCUGCAUGCCGCCAGGCAGCAGGCGAUGAUGGAGCAGCCAUUUCAUGAGUACGCGGAGUCGUUUGGUGACACGAGCGCCGGAUUCUCCCUCUUCCAAUGCGGCGAUGCAUCAGCGAGGUCGGCAUCACCGCCGGAUUCACCGCCGCGCCGCAAUGCCCGCAGCAUCCAGCGCACAGCCAGCAGCGCCUCUGCCGCCCCCCCACCCCGCCAUAGCGCUGCCCAGAAGCGCGUCCGGAUGCCGGUCGCUGCGUGCGCAGCCGGGGCGGCACCGCCCGGCUGUGGCCCGCCCCCACCGCCCGGCGCGUCGUUUCCGGCGCCAACCGCAAAGGCUACGCCAGCGCCCAUCGCCGGGCCGGCGGAGGCGAAGGCGAACGACGACGACUUCGACACGGCGGACGACGUGGCGUCCGAGCUCGACUACACCAAGAUCCCCUCGACGCUCGACGCGAAGCUGCUGACGGCGGAGGGCGGCGCCGCGAUCCGGCCCACGACGAUUAAGGUGGGCGAGACGUGGACGAAGCGGUCGCAGAAGGCGCUGCUCGGCAAGCCGAAGGAGGAGGCGCUGCACACCGAGGAGCAGCAGCGCGAGAAGCAGGCCGCCUUUGACCUGCUCGACGCGCUCUCGUGCUCGGGCGCGCUGCCGAUCGCGUGCUGCUCGCUGCACGUCGUGGUCGCCGCCACGCACGCCUUCGACCAGUCGCUGCUCGACACGGUGAUCCAGCAGAACGUCAACCCGAUCGAGAAGCUCGAGCGCUCGUCGCUCCUCGUCGCAACGACGAUCCACGACGCGCCCGCGGGGCGGCUGCUGCGCGACGAGGUGCGCGAGCGCGUCGCGCGCUUCGCAGCGCCGGAGCUCCUCGGAGGCGACGCUGCCGCAGCGGGCGAAGGCGCGGUCGCUGAUCUGCCGUAGUGAGAGCGCGCCGCGGCCCACUUGCACCAUAGCGGUGCUUCACAUGAGCAUGAGGCAGCAGAUGGCACGGUGUGGCGCCCCCUGCUUCUGGGGCGCCGAAACUAGAUAUGCCUCACUCUCUUGCUCCUGCUUGGGGGCCAGGCCCAGGGUUGGGGUUGGGCAUGGUGACUACGUUUGCCUUUCGUACAAUGUCAUGUGUGUUUGAGUAAACUACGCCGGGAAACUUCUCUCAGUCCACACCAAGACCAACCUGAACCAAAGCCGAAACCACCACGUCGACCUUGCCAUCCUGCGCAGCUGGCGCGCCGCUGCUGCAAUCUUUUUCGGCAGCGCGACGUCCUUUACGAACGACACGACGAGGGCCCGUCGAACCCUUGGCGACGCGUUGAAAAAUCCCCGUGCCUAGUAGUUUUCGGGGCCCGAGCUCGGGUGCGUCUGGUUUCUUUUUUUUACCUGUUUUAGUGCCAGUGCGCGCCAGUCCCGUGCCCAGUGUUGUGCGAGCGCCAUGUGUUUUCAAAUUCUUUUUUUAGUGCG